AUGGAGAAUUCAGAGAGUAAACAGAAGAAAUUAACUUGUUCUUGGAUUGCUUGCUGCACUAAAGGCUUCCCUGUAUCUUCUUACAAGUCUCCGCAGUUGUCGGAAAGUGAAUAUGAUGAUAAAGAGAAGUACCACGGCGGCGAUUUGCCGGAAUCAAAGACUGCCAGGAGAAAGCCCGGUGGAUGGAAGGCCAUGCCAUUUGUCUUAGGAAAUGAGACAUUUGAGAGGCUAGCUUCAGUGGGGCUAUUGGCAAAUUUCAUGGUGUUCCUGUUGACACAGUAUCAUAUGGAUCAAGUUACCGCUUCAAAUGUGACUAGCAUAUGGUCUGGUGUCACAAAUUUUGCUCCCUUGGUUGGUGCAUAUCUUUCAGAUACCUACUUGGGCAGGUUCAAGACAAUUGCUUAUGCUCAAUUUGGUUCUCUCUUGGGAAUGAUGACUUUAACACUCAUAGCAUGGAUCCCUCAAUUGCUUCCACCUCCAUGUCAUGCAUCACAAGGCCAUGACUGCAUGGGUCCUACGACAUUGCAGUUUGCCGUUUUGGCCAUUGCCUUAGUGUUUCUGUCCAUCGGCGGUGGCGGCAUUCGGCCGUGCAGCAUCCCUUUUGGGGUGGACCAAUUUGACCCCAACACUGAGGAAGGAAGAAAGGGAAUUAAUAGCUUCUUUAAUUGGUAUUACCUCACAUUUACUUUCGUAUUGGUUUUUGCACUCACAGUUGUGGUUUAUAUUCAAGAUUCAGUGAGUUGGGCAUGGGGCUUUGCCAUCCCAACCAUGCUCAUGGUAUGCUCCAUCGUGCUAUUUUUUAUCGGGACGAGACUUUACGUGCACGUAAAACCCGAGGGUAGCAUAUUUUCCGGCAUCGCGCAAUCUCUAGUUGCGGCCUAUAAGAAACGCAAGCUUAAGCUUCCAAAUGAAGGAGAUGUUCACGGAAUUUUCUAUGAUCCACCAUUGAAGGAGGGUUCCAUUGUGAAAAAGCUCUCUUUAACCAAUAAGUACAGGUUCUUGAACAGAGCUGCAAUAAUAGUGGAAGGUGAAUUACAGCCAGAUGGCUCCAAUGCCAAACCCUGGAGAUUAUGCAGCAUCCAACAAACUGAAGAAGUUAAAUGCCUAUUAAAAAUAAUCCCAGUAUGGGCCUCUGGCAUAAUCUGUUUCCUUUCAAUGGCCCAACAAGGCACAUUUACACUGUCCCAAGCCAUGAAAAUGGAUCGCCAUUUGGGCCCCCAUUUUCAAAUUCCUGCUGGAUCCCUUUCAGUUAUAUCCAUGUUAACAAUAGGGGUAUGGCUUCCAUUAUAUGACAGGGUUGUUGUGCCAGCCCUUAGAAAAGUCACUAAAAUUGAAGGGGGUAUAACUCUACUCCAAAGAAUGGGAAUUGGGAUUGUUUUCUCAAUUUUUGCUAUGGUUGCCUCGGGAUUAGCCGAGCGAAAGAGACGAGCGUCAGCUCUAGAGCAUGGUGGACAUGACGGGGUUGCACCAAUAUCAGUCAUGUGGCUUGCUCCACAGUUGAUACUUAUGGGAUUUGCUGAGGCAUUUAAUAUUAUUGGACAGAUUGAGUUUUAUAACAAGGAGUUCCCUGAAAAUAUGAGCAGUGUGGCUAAUUCUUUGUUCUCCGUUACUGUUGCUGGGGCUAAUUAUCUUAGUGCUCUAAUGGUGAAUAUUGUGCACAAUGUGACUAGGGGGAAAAAUGGGCAACCUGAUUGGUUGACUAAAGAUAUUAAUGCUGGAAAAGUUGAAAAUUUCUACUUUCUCAUUGCUGCAUUGGGUGUGUUGAAUUUAGGAUACUUUCUCUACGUUGCUCGUCAUUAUCAAUACAAGAGUAGGGUAUGGACUGACGAAGAAGAAAAACCCGGUUUUGAUGUUGAGCUCAAUGUUGUUAAACAAUGA